AUGUCCACCGUGAGGCAGGUCGCGCCUGAUACAGGCAUCCGAAUACGAGGUGAACAGGAGAUCAGUAUUCCAUCCUCCCCGCUUAAAUGCGAUACCAUCGACGCACUCCCUUGGUUUAGUGGGCCAGAGUAUGGGCUCGAGGAUGAGGGUGAACUAGCCACUCCCUUCAUCAGCAAGCCUGUGCCGAGGCUUACCGAUCGCCUUAGUGGAGUCUUUCGUCGUCGCGAUCACCAGCGCGGAUUCAAAGGUCAUCCUCAGAGCUCCUGUUUCUCUGUUCGUCGUGUUUCACUAAAUGUUCCCUACAGAUUUCGAGAUGCGUUCCCAUAUGUACGCGAUACUAUCGAUGUCCUUCCCCGGUAUGGCAAGCCAGAGCACGGGUUUGAGAACGAGGGCGAACUAUCCACUCGUAAACGAGUCUGUGCCGAGGCUUUCCGGCCGCUUCAGUGGAAUUUUCCAGUUACUUUCCCGCUUGUACGCACUACCACCGAUGUAUUCCCUCCGUCUGAUAGGCCAGAGUACGGGUUUGAGGAUGAGGGUCAACUAACCACUCCUCUUGUCAGCAAGCUCGUGCCGAGGCCUUCCGGAGCCUUUCGACGUCACGAUUACCAGCAUCGAGUCAAGAUCCCGAGGCAUUCGAGGGCGUUUGAGGCUGUUCGCGAAGGGAAGGAGGGCGGAUGUCUUUUCUGGAACGUCUCCCCAGAGAAACGACUAGAAGACCCAGAUUCAGCGUCGCCCGUGAUCGGUGCGGAUAACAUGAGACGAGUGCCCGUGUUUGGCGUUGAGCCAAGGCAGAUUGAGUCGAAUGCUCGGGCUCGAGUACGAGAUGGACAGUGGACCGGAAUUCCGCCUUUCCCGUUUAAACGCGCACCAUCGACACACUCCCCCCGGUUUACAAAGCCAGAGCACGGUUUUGAAGAUGAGGGCGAACUGGCCACUCCCUUCGUCAACAAGUCCAUGCCGAGGCUUUCCGACCCCAUCGCCAAAGAUUUUCGUCGCCGCAGCUAUCAGCGCCAAGUCGAGAUUGUCCUCCCUACCAAGAAACGAUUCGGACUAGAUGACCCAGAAGAAACGUCGCCUGUGGAUGGCACGGACAAUGAGCCGAGUUUAAAGUUGAGUCAGCGUCAGCCAUCGAACGGUAGAGCUUGGCGGCCAGGAGACCAGAUUUCCACCUUUCCUGCUUAUCCGCAUCUCUAUCGUCGCACUCCUGCAGUUCGAAAAGCUGGGUACAAGUUUGAAGACGAGGACGAACUGGCCACUCUCCGCGUCAGCGAGUCCGUAACGAGGCUUUCCGACCCCAUCGCCAAAGUCUUUCGUCGCCGCAGCCAUCAGCACCAAGUCAAGGUCGUCCUCUCUGCCAGGUAA